UUCGGCGCUGCUGUCGCGCCGGGCCCGGCAUGCCUCGCGGCGGCGCGCGCCGGCGGGCGGUGGCUUUCCCUCCCCUCUGGUCUCCUGACGGGGCGCGGAGGCUCCGUCAUGGCGGGAGCGCCGCUGGCGGCGGUGGAAGGGCUGGUGCGGGAGCUGCUGAGGGAGGAGGCUCCGUCCCGCAUCGCCGCCCUCACCGAGGAGCUCUUCCAGGCGGCGGCGAGCGUCUCUGAGGCGGGUGGGAGCGCGGCCGAGGUUGAAGAGGGUGCAAUAAGCCUGUGGAACUGGGUUGUGACCAAACACACAGGUUCAGUUGUCAAUGAUGAGCAAAGAGCUAAACUACGGUUUGUUGCUUGCAGACUGGUGUGCCUUUGUCAAGGCAGCGAUCCUCCAGAGGGGACUAUUCAAAGACAGAUUUUGAUGUCUAUGAAAACUGGGAAAGUUUGGAUAGAUAUCGGAAAAGCUGAUCUUGCUGAUGGAUUUCUGGAGACUGCCAUGAAUGGAUUAGAAAAACUGUAUGCGAAGUUACUUAAGGGAAGCAAUGGUGAAGCAGACACUCAUGUGUAUAAAGCUGAUGUAGAGAAGAACCUCUUCAAAGUACUCACUUACCAGGCUGAAUCAGCAGUUGCUCAAGAGGAUUUUCAGAAAGCGGUGAUGUGCGUGCAGCGCUGCAAAGAUAUGUUGAUGAAAUUGCCAAAAGAGGCCUGUUACCUGUCCAUCCUCUGUUACAAUUUUGGAGUGGAAACCUAUGAACGGAAGAGGUAUGAACAGAGCUCCUUCUGGCUCAGCCAGAGUUAUGACAUUGGGAAGAUGGACAUGAAAUAUUCUGUUGGCAAAGAAAUGCAGGCUAAAGUGCUGCGAUUGUUAGCUACAACCUAUUUUGAGUGGGAUUGCAAUCUGUAUCUUGACAAGGCAUUGAAAGCUAUAAGCUUGGCAAAUCAGGAGGAUUUGCAUCCAGCAGGCGUUUUUUUGAAAGUUAAAAUUCUUCUUAAAAGUGGAGCAUCAGAUGAAGAUAUCAACUCAGCCGUUGCAGAAUUCCUGCAUCAUGGGAUGUCUUUAGACUUUUGUUUGAAUACUGCCAAACUGCUGCUGGAGCAUGGACGGGAAUCAGUUGGUUUUGAUUUUCUGAAAUCUGUUCCUGAACGAUUUGAAUCUUCACCUGACCUUGGAAAAAUUGCCCUGCUCCACAUUGAGUUCCUGUUGCAGAAUAAGAGGGAGCUGCUUGCUAAGCAAAAGGUUGAAGAAAUUAUUAUAGGUCAUUAUACUGGGAAGCAGCUGUUGCCUGAAGCCUUGAACCGCCUGCACAUCAUCUUGUGGGACAGAGCUGCCAAACAUUAUGAGGCAAAAAACUAUUCUGAGGCUCUUCACUGGUAUAAUUAUUCUGUCAGCUUCUACACACCUGGGCAGAUAGAUCAGAACUUGGCUAAGCUGCAGAGGAACAUGGCUUCUUGCUAUCUUCACCUGAAGGAAGUUGACAAGGCUAAAGAGGCAGUUAAAGAAGCAGAGAGGUGUGAUCCAAACAGCAUCUUCACUAAAUUCAGUGUCUAUAAGAUUGCAGUGAUGGAGAAAGAUACUGAUAAAGCUGUUGAAGCAGUUAUUGAAAUGGGGAAGCUAGCACAAAAGCCAUCGCAACAUGAAGACAAGCUGAGAGUGGAUGAAGAUACGGGCACUAACCUCCUGAGUUUAGCUGCCCAAAUUGCUUUAGAGAAUAAACAACAAGUUGUGGCUAUCAAAGCUUUGGAGUAUUUGUCCAAACAUUUACAAGACUGCCGACAAUUAUUUGCAGCUUUAAAAUGUUUGGUUCGACUUACGUUGUCAAAGGUCAUGGCAGAAAAUGAAGAGAAAAGAGAUGAAGAUAUCAACUCAAUGCUAACUUACUUAACCUUGGCUCACAAGAGACUUGCUGAGUCUUUCACAGAUGAGAAAUUUACAGGGGACAUGAGGAUCCUUGAAGCUCACUGGUUUAGAAAAGUUGCUUGGAACUUAGCUGUACAAUUCAGGGGCUGCCCUGAAAAGAUGAGGGAUUUUUUUCUACUGUCUUUCAAGUUGUCCCAGUUUUGUCCUUCUGACAAAGCUAUUCUAAUUGCUCAGAAGACAUGCCUGUUAAUGGCAGCUGCAGUUGAUCUGGAAAUGGGGAGACAACAAGUAACACCUUCUGAACAGACAGAGCUUUUGACUCAGGCCCUUCAACAUCUCCAGGCAUGCAAAGAGAUAUGGAAAGUUCUGAAAUUAACAGGAGAUUUUGCUAAAGACCCAACAGACACAUUGUUGCUGCUUUAUGAAUUUGAAGCAAGAUCCAAACUGAAUGAUCCAACACUCCACAACCUUAUGGAGUCCGUAUGGGAGCAGCCACAAAUAGAGGUUAAGACGCUAGAAAUCAUUGCAUCACUAGCAAUGGAAUCUCCAGCUCGGUAUCCUGUACUGUGUAAGAAAGCUCUCAAGAGUGCACUAAACCUUCACAGAAAGGAGACUGUCAUUGAUACUGUGAAAUUUAGCAAAUGUAUACAUAGUUUGAUUAAUCUUUCUUUGCCAACUGGAUUAACAGACUUGGGUGCCUCUGUACUGCAGGAGGUGUGGGACUACUUUGAAGAUGCUCUGAGCGUAGUCAGCAGCACAGAUGCUUACCCGGAGAUGGAGAUCCUCUGGUUGAUGACAAGAGCCUGGAAUACAGGAAUAUUUCAGUAUACUGUUGGUAAAUACAAGGAAGCUGAGCAGUGGUGUGGAUUAGGAAUGCGUUUCCUCAAUCACUUAGGAUCUCUGAAGAAAAGCUAUGAAGGGCAUAUGAUUGGUCUUUAUAGUGAGGUUCUGGACAAACUGGACAGAGCAAAAGGGUUUCUUCCAAAUGAAGAAGAAUAAUGGCAGCCACAAGUGCAAAAAAGGAGGACAGCAGUCUGUUGGGAAUAUUCUCCUGAAUGAAAGAGGCCGUUAGCUCUGCAAAGGCUUGGGGUCAUGGGAGCAGUGGAAAAGAAACCAGGAUCCCCUUGGAAAAUAAGUUAUGUACUUUUUAGGAAGUGUAUAUUGAAUAAGCAUAAUUGUUUUACUCUAGGGAAUAAUUUUUGUUCUCUGGAGCUAUAUAACAGUUAGAAAUAAAUACUUAACUUUUUCAUUAGAUCUGCCUGCUGUUGUAUAAUAGGUUGGUUUAAUUACCUGAUUUUAGUAGUAAGUGGCAGUGAGAACAAUAAAAGUAUUCCAAGACCAGGCAUCUCCUGGUCAUAGCUUCCAUAAAUAUUUAUCAGAUUGUUUAGUUUUCAGUCCAUUUCAGUAUGGACAAGAAUUCAGAGCUGUUUGGCAGUUUUGCAAUUUAGAAUAAAAAAGAGCAGGUACUAUUUAGCUGACAGAAAAAGCUAAAGCUUUGACUAGGUACUGCUGCUUAUAGACUGCUGUGACUGAUACAUUCCUCCUGUUUGAAUUGACUGAACUUUGGUCCAGGCAGAUCUCAGCAAGUUGGCCUAAUCAAAGUUAAUCCUAUGUGUGAGGCUAUCAGUGAGAACUCAGCACCAAACCUAAAAAAAUUGGUUUGACUGGAGACUGGGCUGAUAAGUGGCCAAAACCGUGUUAACACAGCAGAAAAUAUGACUACAAAUCAACCACUUCACAGUAUAAAUAUCUGCAGCCAUCAGGGUCCCUUGAGCUCUCCCUCCAUAGCAGCUGGCUGCACAGCAGUGAUCUCCCCAUGAGCAGGAAUGUCUCUCAAGGUUACCCCUCGAGGCUGAGAGAUCCCUUACCUGACACCAGACAUUGACUGGGUGGUAAGUGACAUUUGUUGCAUGCAUGUAACAUUUAAGAUGUGUAUAGUAAGCUUCAGCGAUAAUCUUUGUAUCCCGUACUAACUUUAAGUGUAGUAAAUAGUAUUGACUGCCACUCCAUCUGUACUUAUUAAAUAUCUUACGUACCUAAAUUUACUGAUUAGAACUCAAUAAACUAACUACUAGUUCA